UCCAAAGUGAAGACUCGGGGCCUCCAUGCGACCGCGACAACAUCUCACCACAUCCUAAAAACUACCUGAGUACUCUCUUAUCAAUACUCAAGAUGUCCUUGUCGCUGGAAGAUGUCGGGACAGUCUUCGAGGAACUCGGCGACCUCGAAAAGAACUUUGCGGAGGUAGAACUCGAUGCUCUUCGACGAAAGGAGUUCUCAUUGAAACCCCUCUAUGCAAAGCGCAAAAGUCUACUUGACAAGAUUCCCGACUUUUGGGCAACCGUGUUUGGCAACAGCCCUGAAGAAGUCCAGCAAUUCUUCUCAGCGGGAGAUCUAGCCCUCGUUUCCUGCAUCAAGUCCUUCACCGUCGAACGAUACCAAAUUGAAUCCGAGACCAAAGGCGAGCCUCGAAGCCUCAGAUUCACAUUCGAUUUUGCAGAGAAUGAAUUCAUGGAGGACAAGCAGCUGGUGAAAGAGUUCGAAUACAAGGCACGGGAAGAUGGUCCGGGGAGCUUGAUCUCAAAGCCGGUCCCAAUCAAGUGGAAGAGCAAUAAGAAGGACCUCACAAAGGGUCUUCUUGACGCUGCUGUCGACCUCUAUGCCGCCGAAGAAGCGAUCAAACUGAAGUCUGUCGAGAUUGUGGAUCGGGAAGCGCUCUGGCAGCACGAGAAGCUGCGCGACAAGUUGGUCAAUCUCGAUGAGAAUGACGAAGACCAACCGAGCUUCUUCAACUUCUUUGGGUUCCGGGGCGCGAUUGACUUGCCUGCUCCUAAGAAAGAGGGUGAGAAUGGUGCCGGUGAUGACGCCGAAGACAGUGAUGAAGAUGUCGAGGGCAUGCUCGAGGUUGAGGUUUUCCCUCCAGGCGAGGAAGUCGCCAUUGCCUUGGCCGAGGAAGUCUGGUCAGAUGCCAUGGACUACUUCAUGUCUGCCCAAGACGACUUCCCUAAUGGAGAAGACCUUGAUAUGGAAGAUGACGAGGACGAUGAGGACGAUGAGGACGAUGAGGACGAUGAGGACGACGAGGACGUACCAGAGCUUGUUCCUGCAGAAGACGCCAGACCAUCCAAGCGACAACGCAAGGACUGAGCAAAACGUCUUCAACAAAUGUCCCGGAUAUGUUCCAAACAUGUACCAUCAUCACCUGGCGUUUGAACUCGUUUGUACAUCCCCGUAGACAUUCGAACCAAUGAUACCAUAAUGUUGUACUUGUUUCUUUG